AUGGACGUCAAAGAGCCCCUACUACCGUCUGACCCCCCGCCCUCGUAUGAAGAUGCGCGGAAGUCACCAAUCCCACAAAACAAGUCGGCAUCGGGCACACCAUUAGCGAAGAGGCCACCUCCUCCGCCACUAAAUCUGCCAGCGCUGAAUGAAAGACAGCUUCUCGCACAGAUCGGCCUCACAAAGAUCGACGUAGUCCCCUCCAAGUUCGCCGAAAACCUAGACCACUCGCUCGGCGCGCUGAACUACGUCCUCGAAACCGCAUCCGCCAAAGCGCAUGACGUAUACAAAAGCGAGAUUAACAAUCGCGAGCGCGGCGAACCUGCCAUCGUCAUCGCUGCCGACACAAUCGUAGUAUCGCACGCUGGGCGGAUACUGGAGAAGCCAAAGAGCGAGGCAGACCAUAUAGCAACGCUGAAGAUGUUGAGAGAUGAGGGCGCGCACAAGGUUAUGACCGCCGUUGCGGUGAUGAAGCCAUUAGAGUCUGCGGUAGAUCCGGGAUAUGCCAUGGAGACACAUGUUGAAGAGACUACGGUUAUGUUCGAUCCUACUGUGACCGACGAACUGAUCCUCGCAUACGUCAAAACGCGCGACGGUAACGACAAAGCAGGCGGCUAUGGUAUACAGACAGCGGGCGCGUGCCUUAUCGAGCGCAUAGAAGGGUCAUACGACAACGUUGUUGGUUUGCCGUUACGGCAGACGCUGAAGCUGAUAGAGAAGGUCAUGGAGCCUGAGGAGGAAGAGGGGGACUUCUUUGUGGACAGCAGAGAAGACGAAGAGGAGGAGUAG